AUGCCCUUUGCCACUACUUCAUCUUGCCCAUCCCAAAUUUUCACUACUGAGGGCUGCGACGAAAUUGAGCUUCCCAAGCACACGCCUGCGUUGUAUAAUCCUUCCUUGGUGCCCUUUGACGACCUGCCAGAGCCACCAGCAGGAUUGCAACCCCUCAAGCUCAAGAAGGUCACUCUUCCCUUUGUCUUGGCCGUAGAUCUGGUGAUCCUCCUACCGUUACUGGAACACUGCACCGGCCUCCAACUGGACAAUGUCCAGGUGGCUACCUACUGGUCCCGGUUUAUCCUCCUGGUUUUCAAGAAGAUCAAGAAGCGCAAUCAGUUCAAGCACUUUACGAUCGGGAUUACGAGCAUGUUCUCGUACGAGAUGAUGACCCUACUGCGGUUGAACUGUUUUGUAGCCCUCGAGAGUUUGACGACCAGGGGGGGGGGGGGUGCCUGUUAA